AAUGACAGACCAUCUUACCGACACCUCGUUGGCGAUCGAGACUGAUCAUCUCACCUACAAAUUUGCCGGAACCAGCAAGAUCGGUUUGGAAGACAUCACUCUCCAGAUUCCCUGGGGAAGUACCAAUUUGAUAGUGGGGCCCAACGGAGCUGGAAAGUCGACUUUGCUUAAGAUCUUGGCUGGAAAGACAUUAAUCAAAAAGGGCUCGUUGAAAAUCGGAGGAUUUGACCCUUUUGAAUUUAGAAUCGACAGAAACGAGCAACACAAUUCUGACAUUAACAACUAUAUCACCUAUUUAGGAACCGAAUGGGCAGCUAAUUCUGUGGUUAAAAGGGACAUCCCUGUCAACUUAUUGAUCUCUUCGAUUGGAGGUGAAAGCUAUAGCGAGAGAAGAGACGAAUUGCUUGAUAUUCUCGACAUUGAUCCUGAUUGGUCGAUGUUGAGAAUCAGUGAUGGUGAACGUAGAAGAGUUCAGAUAGCCAUGGGAUUGGUGAAGCCAUGGAAGCUUUUACUUCUUGACGAAGUCACAAUUGAUUUGGAUGUGAUUGUGAGGCAGAGAUUGCUAGAGUUCUUGAAGAAGGAGUGUGUUGAAAGAAGAUGCUGUGUAGUCUAUGCAACUCAUAUCUUCGAUGGGUUGGGCAAAAAAUGGUGCGACAGAAUCAUUCAUCUCGAUGCUGGAAUCAAGGUUGAUGACUUUGAGAUUGAAAAGGUUCGUUUCGUCAACAACCAGGAAGAAAAAGUCUCGUUCGAGGACGAUACAGUAAGAGUCCAAUACGUGGAAUCGUUGCAUCCAUUGGCCGUAUAUUGGUUACAGCGUGAUUUAGAUGCGAGAGGCUCAAGAGAGGAAGAAAAGAUCAAAAUGAAACAGAGACACAAUGAUUGGAACAAUGCUCGUGAUGGCAAAUACUUUGAUGCUGACGAAAGUCAGUUGGCCAAAUACUUUAGGGCUACGAGAAACAUAUGAAGCACGGGAUAGAUCUCGGAUAGACUAUGAUUCGUAUAUAAUAUGAUAUAUAUCUGGUUAUUCUUGUUAAAUUAGAAUAAUAUAUGAUACAGUU